UAAAUUUUAAAUAAUUUAAAAUUUUUCAGGGAUUUUAAAUCAUUUAUUUUAAGUGUCUACAUUUUUUUAUUUUAACAAAUAUUAAAUUUCUAAAAUCGAUAAAAUUAUAAAAUGCUACUUUUUCUAUAUUUUAUGCUACUACCUUCAAUUAGUUAUGGUUUUACAGAAGAAACAACAUUCUACAAAAAUAUGCCAGUUUAUUCUUAUAGAAAUUUUGGCAGUGUCCAAACAUUCUCAAUAGACAUUCCUCCUGACACAUUUAAAGCUGUCUGGAAUGUUUCGGUCAACAGAUCUCAGACCAAGUGCUAUGAAAGGAUGGUCUUUAUAUAUGCUCAGUAUGGUUCGUUCCCCGUCGAGAAGUUCGAUGGUAAUGAGACAUUUACCGACAAAUUUCUGGUAAAUAGGACAGGUCUUCUGAAAGAUAAUGUUACCCACAGGAAGACCAUUGAAUUCCAUCGACCAGUGUAUGGUCAGUGGUUUCUUGGUGGGGUCAUGGAGAGGAGUAAUAAUGAAGUUAUUAAAAAGUUAGACCUGUCAGUAUGUGAUCAUGGCCUGGAGAGCAACAUAACAUUCUACAUUGGUGACGUCAGCAUCUUGCUAGCAAACUCUGCUACCACCAUCAGAUUGUAUGAUAACAUUACCACUUAUUACAAAUUCCUGACAACAAGAACAACAUAUAAAUACAGAGUAACCAUAAGCAACUGCAAACAAGAGCAGUGCAAUUUCAGAAUAUUGUUCAAGAGCAAGGCUAUACCUAACACCGACGACAACUCUAGCGAAGCUAACAACAACUCACAUUACAUUACUAUAUACGGCGCUGCUGGCAAUAACAACAACAGCCAAAAUGACAUCAACAUCUUAGCUAACAACGACAGCAAUAACAUUAAAAACGAUUCCUAUCUUGAGGUAUUUUCUCCUAGCAUUAACAGCUGGCAAUACAUUGCAUUUGUAUAUGACGGUAUUGGUGCAGUUUUUGACAACUCAAGCAUUGAAUUUGAUGCACUGGUAUCUCUAUAUGGCAAUUCCGUAUACCAAACGAUUUUCAACGAAGCCGACAGCCUAUUUAUACCCCGCCCAUCUCUGGUCACCAUGACAACAUUUGAUGUUGACGUCAUGAGGGAUGUUGGCGGUACUUUAGUUAUGGAGUUUACUCUUAUUCCACUUUCUUUGGAUUUUCAAAAGUCACCAAAAGAGUUUCAGGCAGCAGUAUGCAUCCAGCGAGACUAUCCAACUGUCACAACCGACAACAGACUCCACUGCCGAGAUCCAGGCUCCCUCAUAAUCCUCAAUGACAACAAUUCCCAUCACCUCAUCUACGUUCCCUAUCCGGAAUCCGGGAUCUACUAUAUCGGAUUCCAGGAAUGGACUAACGAGUCUUUCGAGGAUGUCAAGCAUAGGGGUAGUGUCAUUGAGGAAGAAAGAAAGAUGAGGAGUGGUAGCGGUGGUGUCGGCCCUGGAGGAGAGGGGUCUGCCACUACGACCACAACCAACCCACUGGAGAGGAUGUUGAAGGAUAGGGAGGUUUCUGUUAAUGAGCUACUUAGAAAGGUUCUGGUUACUGAUGGAUUGAGGAAUGUCAGUCAUUAUGAGUUGAAGGACCCGUCUAUGGGGGUGUUGGUUAGCGCCCACAUCUCUUCCUGUCUGAACAAGCAGUGUGAGAACAAUGGCGUCUGCAGGUUCGUCGAGAAAGGACCUUACUACCUCUCCUUUUGUGUCUGCAGUGCAGGUUUUAAUGGAUUUUUCUGUGAAAAUAAUUCACCCACCUCUGAGAGAGUUGAGCUUGGGCUUCAAGGUUUUUUAUGCCAGGACAAAUCCAACAUGGUCAGCUACAGCCUACAGAUGUGGUACACCGUAAUGUUAACAUGUAGCAACCUGGCGUUUAUUCCCGCCAUGAUUAUCGCCUUCAAGAGAUGGCGCUUCAUCGAGUUCUGUGUCUAUACGCUGAAUAUGGUCUUUUCUACAUUCUACCACGCAUGUGACAUGAGUGCAUGGUCAGUCUAUGGAUUCUGCGUGGUUCGCUACUCAGUGCACAAGUACUCUGACUUUUUACUGUCCCUGCUCUCCUUCUGGGUGACACUGCUCGCCAUGACUAGGAUUAAAUCUGGUAAAGUGGCUGUUGUGGUUGCUUUGGGGGUCGUAGUUGUCGUUGUUGUGUGUGGUGUGGUGUGGUGUGGUGUGGCGUCGUGUCGUCGUCACUUGCUCACGUUACUUACGGUUGGAAUUGUGAUGAUUGCCAUCUUUGUCAAUAGCUCCAAUGAAGUUUGGACCAACGUUGUCCCCAUUGCCACCGGUUCCAUUGUCGUCAUCAUUGCAUGGGUAUGGAAAGGAGUCAAGUCCAGAUCACUUUUCCCAGAUAAAUUGGAAUACCGUUGGAUGGUACCGGGUAUCUUACUGGCCCUUCUCGGUAUUGUUGUAUUUGCCUUCCUGGAGAACGAUACAAAUUACCCAUACACGCAUAGUUUUUGGCACAUUGCAGUAGCCUCAUGCGUGCCCUUCUUACUCCCAAGGAAAAAAUCCUUCUGGGAAUUAGUGGAUUUAGAAGAAACCAUAAAAAUAUCAUCAUCGCCUGUUGCGUCAACUGCCGACGGCAACACUUUCACAUUUGCCAGUGGCGGCGAAAGCAGCCACAACAACGACGACGAUGAGGUCGUCUUAUUUGCGCAGGGAUCGUCGUUCUUUAGAAAUCGCCAAGCUGGUAGACACGCAAAAAGUGUCGCUAAUCACCACCACCAGCUACACUACAACACCAACGACACUUCUAAAGUUUCACUCUCGCCUCUGUCUUCGGCGGCUGAAAGUUUAUCCAGUACUGAUAACCUGAUACGGAUUAAGUGA